AAAAAUGUUAGAUGAUGAUGAAGAUUAGGUGAUAAUAGUUGAGGAAUCUCCAAAGAAUGUUAUAUAAAAUACAAAGAAAUAGUAUGAGAAGAAAUAAGAUAAUGUGGAUAGAAUUUUAAAUGCCAAUAAUCCAUUGAUUUAAUAAAUUACAAUAUGCGAAUAAGCAGUUUAAUAAAGAGUUCAUAUUGAUUAAUUUAUAACAAGAUUUUCUAAGGAUUAAAAUAGUGUAAGAAGAAUGAAAAUUUAAAUUUUAGGCAAUAUAAUAUUUAGUUGAAAAUUAAGUGAUUGAAAAUACGAAUGAAGAAAUAGCAGGUGUUUUAAUGAAUACAAAGGGAUUGAAUAAGGAUGCAAUAAAUAAAUUUUUUUGUAAGCCAGAUCAAAGGAAUUAAGAUGUAUUUGAAGCUUAUUGUCAAUUAUUAAAUUUGAAAGGUAAAAGUUUUUUAGAAGCAAUGAGAUUAUUAUUGUAAAGAUUUCGUUUAGCAGGAGAAGCUUAGAUGGUUGAUAGAGUAGUAAAAAUAUUUGCAAAAGUAUAUCGUUAAUAAAAUCCAAAUGAAUUUAAAUCAGAUGAUACUCCAUAUGUGUUAGCAUAUUCAUUUAUAAUGUUAUCAACAGAUGCGGCAUCAACAAAAAUAUUAGCAAAGAAUAAGAUGACAAAGGAACAAUUUCUAAAAAAUAAUAUACCAGUAUUUCCAGAUUUAUAACCUAAAUAUUUUGAAGAUGUUUAUGAUUCAAUAACAAGAGAACCUUUUUAAACAACAUUAGAUUAUUUAGAAUAGAUGUACAAUCGUAUGAUAUUAUGUAAUGAAAAACUACAAGGAGAGUAAAUUACUAAAUGGUUGUAAGUUGCAUUUGAUCUAAUGAAAGGAUGCAAUUUAGUGAAAUAUGGAAGAUAUAAUGGUGGUUAACCAAGAAAGUUCUUUUUAAGUAGUGAUGAAAAGUAAUUGAUCUGAACAAAUUAUUAAUUAGGCGUAUAUGUUGGAGAUCUAUAGAUAAUGAUAAUGAACCAGCUAGAUAUAUUAAUAUGUGUGAUGUACAUGAUAUUGCAUUAGGACAUAAUACAACUGAAAUUAUGAUUAAGAAUAAUAUUCCUAAAGAAUUUGACAUGUUUUGUUUUUCUAUUAUUUCAAUUCAUAGAUCAGUUGAUAUUAAAGUAAAUGAUUUAGAAAUUAAAUCUAAAUGGAUUAAUUAUUUAAGAGCAGUUAUUAUUAAUCGUAGAGAAAUGGAAGCAAAAAGGGCUGAAGAAAAAUAAAGAAGAUAAGAAAAUGAAGAAAAGAGAUCUGAAAUAUGGAGAAACGAUAUUCUUCCUUUUUGGCGUUCUCAUUGGGAUUAUGAACCAAAUAAACCAUUGAAUUAUAAGAAAUAUAUUAGUGUCAAAAAAGAAGAAGCUGUCUAAAAAGCUUAAAAUUAAGCUAAUUCUGCUAGUGUUUUAGAAAGUCUAUGUCGUUGUCUUAAAAAAACUAUAUCAUUGAAUCCUAUACAAAAUAGAUAACAAAUAUAAAAUUAACAUUAUAGUAAUUAAUCUGAAAUUAAUAAUGGCAGUAAUAUCUAAUAAGAAAUGAUUGUUUAAGGUAAGAAAAAUAAAUCUGUAUUACUUAUGAUCUUAUGGAAACUUGGAAUACCUGAUUUUGCAAGAAAAACUUUAUGGCCAAUUAUUAUUGGUAAUAAUCUUAAAAUUAGAGAAGAACUUUAUGAAAUCUUUGUUAGAAAAACUACUAUAGUUUAAGAAGGUAUUUAUUUUUUCAUUAUUUUCUAGCUAUUAAAAAAGAUAUUCAGAGAGCAAAAUAAUAAUAUCCUUUCAUUACUGAAGUUAAAGCUAAAGAAUUAUCAAAUAUUUUACAUGCCUUUAGUAAUUAUAGACCAGAUUUUGGAUAUAUACCAGAUUUAAUUGAUAUUGCAGUUGUUCUUAUUAAACAUCUAUAAGAAUAUGAUUGUUUUUAAGCAUUGGUCAAUCUAUUACAUUAAUAUCAUUUUCUUAGUGUUUUUUAAAAUGAUACAAGAUAAAUUGAAUGGAGAAUAAGAUUUUUUGAGGAGAAUUUAUAGAGAAUUCUACCUUUUGUAUAUAAUCAUCUUAAGGCAAUAAAAUUAGAAACUAAACUUUACUUAAUGAAAUGGUUCUUAAAAAUCUAUUUAUCUUAAUUCAAAUUCACAAUGCUUUCAAGAUUAUGGGAUAAUUUUCUUUUAGAAGGAGAAAUCUACUUAUUCAAAGUUGGAAUUUGUUAUAUGAAAUAUUUUUAAAUAGAACUUAAAGUAAGAAUUAUCAUAUAUUGAUUUAGAUGAGUAAUUUAGAUGAAGUAGUACGUAUUUUGACUAAUUGGAAACCAGAUGUGAAUGAAGACUAUUUCUUUAUAUAGAUUGAUGAAAUACCUAUAAAGGAUGAUGAUUAUACUAAAUUUUUGGAAUAAUAAAAAGCAGCGGUGUUAAAUACAUAAAUUCAUUAAACUUUAAUUGAGUCUUGA